UCAUUCAUUCAUUCAAAAAAUUUGUAUCUGACAGAGUGUCAAUAAAAAAGCUGAAAAAAUAUUUACAUACGCAAGUAGAGUUUAUACUACACGAAGAGAACUUUGAAACAGAAGCAGCGCAGAAAAAAAAAUAGAAAGGAAUUUAAAAAAAUUAAUUUCGAUUAAAUUUGAAACAUUCCUUUACGCAAAAUAUAGAUAGUUUUAAUCUGGUUAGACAUAAAAAAUGGCGAAGACGCGAGUUUAUGUAGUUGGUGUGGGCAUGACGAAGUUUGAAAAACCAGGCCGUCGUUCGGAUGUUUGUUAUCCAGAUUUUGCUAAAGAAGCCGUUACUAAGGCCUUAUCUGAUGCCAAAAUUCCCUAUACAGAAGUACAACAAGCUGCUGUGGGUUACGUUUACGGUGAUUCCACUUGUGGACAGCGUGCUUUAUAUGAAGUUGGUAUGACCGCUAUACCAGUUUAUAAUGUUAACAAUAAUUGUUCUACGGGUGCAAGUGCGUUAUUUUUGGCCAAACAAAUCGUGGAAUCUGGAAAUGCUGAUUGUGUAUUAGCCUUGGGUUUUGAAAAGAUGGAGCGCGGCUCCUUGUCUUCUAAGUAUUUUGAUCGGGCAAAUCCCAUGGAGCGACAUGUAACUCUAAUGUCUGAGUUAACUGAAAUCGGCACUGGCCCCAUGGCUGCUCAAAUCUUCGGCAACGCAGGUAAAGAGCAUAUGGAAAAGUAUGGCACUAAGCCGGAGCACUUUGCUAAAAUUGCCUGGAAAAAUCACAAACAUUCGGUUAACAAUCCAUACUCGCAAUUUCAAGAUGAAUACACCUUGGAGCAGAUAAUGCAAUCUCCUCAAGUGGUGGAUGGAGUGCUCACUAAAUUACAAUGCUGUCCUACUUCAGACGGUUCCGCUGCUGCUAUUUUAGCUUCUGAGACCUUUGUACGUCGUCAUGGUCUGGAGAAACAAGCAGUCGAAAUCGUGGGCAUGGAAAUGGCCACAGAUCCAGAGUCCACUUUCAAGGAUAGAUCGUUAAUAAAGAUAGCUGGUUACGAUAUGACAAAAUUAGCAGCUUCACGCCUUUUCGCUAUGUCUAAUUGCAAGCCCUCUGAUGUCCAAGUAGUAGAGUUGCAUGAUUGCUUCUCCGCCAACGAGUUGAUUACUUAUGAAGCCUUAGGAUUGUGCAAAGAAGGCAAAGCAGCGGAAUUAAUUGAUAGCGGUGACAACACUUAUGGCGGCAAAUAUGUUAUCAAUCCUAGCGGUGGUCUUAUUUCAAAAGGCCAUCCUCUUGGUGCAACUGGUUUGGCUCAAUGCGCCGAACUAUGCUGGCAAUUAAGAGGACAGGCAGGCAAACGUCAAGUUAAAAACUGCAAAUUGGCCUUGCAACAUAAUUUGGGUUUGGGUGGAGCUGUCGUAGUGACGCUCUAUCGUCUGGGUUUUCCGGCUUCGGCUAAUGUUAAAUUUAAUUUGACCUCGGCAACUUCCGCUACUGGAGAAGGGUUCAAAGUUACACCUUUAUUAAAGCUUUUGGAACAGGCCAUGAUGGAAGACCAAGAGAAUCUUAUUGAGAAAGUGAGAGCGGUUUACGGUUUUAAGGUCGUCAAUGGACCAAACGGCCAAACUGGUUACUGGACUAUCAACGCAAAAGAAGGCAAAGGAAAAAUAACUUACAAUGGUAAAGAGAAAUGUGAUGUCACUUUCAUAAUGAGCGAUGAAGAUGUUAGCGAUCUGAUAACGGGAAAAUUGGCGCCACAAAAGGCAUUUUUCCAGGGCAAAAUCAAAAUACAAGGAAACAUGGGUUUCGCCAUUAGACUAAUGGAUUUGCAGCGCAGCUCACAAGAUCGCAUUGAGGCAAUACGCGCUAAACUGUAAACUUAAUUGUUUCUUUCUAAUUUUACAAUUUUUGUGUAUAUGUAUGUAUUUUGUACUCGGUUUUAAAAUAUUAACGUGUAAGGAAAUUAAUUUCGGUGGCAAGUAAAGAAACUUACAGCAGUUUUUUCUUUGCUUGCUUAUCAUAUUUUGGGUGUUGCAUUUUUUUAUUAAAUUAAACAAAAAAUAUAUACUUUAAAAAAAAU